AUGGCGGUUUCUUCUCAAAAUGCUACAACUACGGAACAAGCCACAAUCAAGAAGGGUGGCCUUAGAACAAUACCAUUUAUCAUAGCAAAUGAGACAUUUGAAAAGGUUGCAAGCUUUGGGCUUCUGGCUAAUAUGAUGUUGUAUUUAAUGUAUGAAUAUCACAUGAAAGUCACCACAGGAGCCAAUGUUCUCUUCUUGUGGAAUGCCUUGUCAAAUUUUACUCCAAUCAUUGGAGCUUUUCUUUCUAACUCUUUCUUGGGUCGGUUUCGAGUGAUUGCCUUGGGGACAAUCAUUUCUUUACUUGGAAUUGGUGUUCUGCUUCUAACUGCUGUAAUUCCAAACGCAAGGCUUCCUUAUUGUGACAUAAUGCACGAAGACAAAUGUGUUGCGGCAAAUCUUGGCCAAUGUUUACUACUGUACUCUUCAUUUUUCGUGAUGAGCAUUGGAGCUGGAGGGAUCAGACCAUGUUCCAUGGCUUUUGGCGCAGAUCAACUCGACCAACCCGAAAAACCAGAAAAUGAGAGGAACAUACAGAUCUUCUUUAGUUGGUAUUACGCUUCAUUCGGCGUCUCAAUAAUAUUAGCUGUGACAGUCAUAGUUUAUAUUCAGGAUCACGUUGAUUGGGCUCAGGGUUUUGGAGUCCCCCUGGGGCUCAUGGCAUUUUCAACUCUCAUGUUUCUUUUGGGUACUUCAUAUUAUGUUAAGGUCAAGGGAAACAAAAACUUGUUUUCUGGUUUUGCCUAUGCGGUUUCAGCCGCUUGGAAAAACAGGCACUUGUCUCUGCCUCCGAACAACUGUGAUGGUAAUUGGUAUCACAACAAAGGUUCUAAGCUUGUAGCCCCAACUGAUAAACUAAAGUAA